AACAGCAACAACAACAAUAAUAAUAAUAUGAAGAGCAGUAGUAGCUAGCAAAAGUAGUGGUAGACGACAACGAUUAUUUCGUUGCCAGUCACAGUCGAUAGAUAUGUGAGCUAACGAUCGUUACGUUACGUAUCUCCUCUCUCUCUAGUUAAAAAUCUUAAGAACAAAAAAAAAACAACUCAUAAUCGCAAAAUCGGUAAAGAUCGGCUAACUGAUUUAGUAACGUUUGGAAUAUUUUCAAAAAAUAAAAUAAAAAUUAAAAAUAAUCUAAUAUUUAUGUUUAAAAACCGUUUGUAAAUAAUUACAAAUUAAAUAAAUAAUAACGUGUGUUGUUUACAAAAAUAUAUAAUUAAAUUUAAAGCAAAAAUCUAGUCUCAAUGUACAAAAUAAUCUGAUUCAAAAUCUUCGUCUACGUUUUUUAAUAUAUAUACAUAUUCUAUAUAAUAAAUUUAUACAAACUACUAAAUAAUUACAAUACAAACCUACAAGACAUUUCUAUUAAACCAAAAAAUAAAAAAACACAAAAACAAUUUAAAAAAAUGAAUUAAAUUUAAAUGAAAUAAGCUAAAUCAUCAGUUUUUAACCAAUAAACAAAAACAAAAUUUUAAUAAUAUUUGAACAAAAAGAUGCCUUUAUAUUGUACUUAAUAAUUUUAAAGUUGGAAACCUGGAAUUGCUCAAUUAAAGUUUAAAAGUUUGACAACGUAUGUACGGCCAUAUCAUCAUCAUCGUCAUCAACAUCAUUAUUAUCGUCGACACUCACCAUUUUAAUCAACGUCAGUCAACAGCCAGCACAUCAACCGUUAAACAGUAAUCGACUAAAAUAACAAUAACAAACCAACAAACCAACCAACAACGUUAGAGCAGCUUAAAUGUAUGAAUACGAGAGAGAUUCUUAUAUUUUCAAGACGAGGAUUUAACUUUUGAAACAUUAAAACACAGAAGAUUAUUAACUAAUUAACCGAAACUACUGCUCGAGAACGUCAAAUUCAUUCAAUUCUAAUGCAGAAUACACAAAUUUGUGCAUCGAUCGAUGAUCGAUCGUCAUCCACCUCAUUGAAAAUGGAAACUCGAACUCCCACCAGUGUCUAUCACCAUCAUCGUGCUCCACGCACUCCUGAAAGUUAUUUCAAUGUACCCGAAUCAAUAGCUCUGCUAAAUAUCGUCAAAUCGGAACGAAUACAAAGUGCAUUUCAAUCGAAUCGUAAAAAUCAUGCCAGCGUUUGGGAAAUGGUUGCCGAAGUACUCAAUCGUUAUAGUGCACGAAAGCGAUCGGCGAAACAGUGUUGCAAUCGUUAUGAGAAUCUCAAGAAAAUCUAUACACAACUGAAAAAGAAUCCAGAACGACAUGUAAGACGCAACUGGCCCUACAUGUUUCUGUUCAAAGAGAUUGAGGAACAGAGAGGUGAAUGUUGGGGUUCGAAUAGCAAGCGAAUGGCUUUAAUAGCUAAAAAUCAAAAUGAAUUGUCGUACUAUCAUCGAAGGCGACAGGCAGCUGAAUUCGGAGCGCUGCUGGAUAAGCAAACACAAGCUGCUGUUGUGGCUCAACACAAUUUAUUGCAAAGUUUAGCCGCAGUCCAUUCCAAUGAUUCGAAUAGCAAUUGUAAGCUGGAGCGUUUUCUGCCCAAUCAUUUUGUCGAGGCUCAACUGGGCAAUGACACCAGUAACACAAAUGGUGCCGACGGCGUCUAUGAUGACUCGUCACCACUGCCUUUACAAGCGGCGCGUAAAGAGGAAAUACACGAUAUAGCCGAUGAUCUACCAGAUGCUGCUGCAGCCGCAGCAGCUGCCGCCCACAAUUUAUUACAAGCCCAUGUCAAUGGUGUAACGGCGGUUAAUGCGAAUGAACUAAAAGAGUCUCUGGCUCAAGAAUACGAAAAAGACUGCAAUGGUGCUCUCAACCUACAGACCAGUGACAACAAUAAUGUCUCAAUGAAUUUUUCAAACUCUUCUAGAUCUGAACCAAUGUCGGAUGGUGAAUUCAAUCCAGAUGAUAUUCAGCUAAUGCAAACAAAUUAUAAUGGGUCUCAAAACUACUACUCAAAUAAUAUGGAUCACAAUAUUUUACAUCCCGAUGUCAUAGUCGAUACAGACAAUCUAUCCGAAUGCAGUAGUGGCGGAGGCUCCCCGAAAUGCAAACGAAAGUUAUCAACUUCAACCGAUGGUGACAGCACGAACUAUGAAUUGAUCGAAUAUUUAAAGAGACGUGAAAAACGUGACGAGGAACUGCUAAGACGGAUGGAUGCUCGAGAGGAGAGACUGGUUAGUUUGCUGGAAAGAACCGUGGUCGCCAUAGAGGCUUUGGUGCAACAAAAAUGCACCCAUAACACAACAACGACCGAUAAAAUCGAUGUUGUGACAACACCUAUAAAGAUCUGCAAUGGAAAUGCUACACAUGCUGAGACUAAAGCAGCUGCCGCUGUUACAGAUGCAGUCACAUCAGAUGAAAGUAGUGAGAAAAUUGAUUGAUCGAAUAAAUCAAACCAAAAAUAUUAAUACUCAAAAUGACUAAAAUAGAACCAAAGAUUAAGGAGUUUUUACGAGAUUUUUUUUUAUACCUACACACGAGUAUACUCGUUAUAAUUUAGAUUUUAAGUUGUAAUUCUACCAAAAAACCAAAAACAAAAAGAAAACUGUGUGCCAAAAAUUUACUUAAUUAUUUAUAGCUUUUAUUAUUUUUUUAAUUUGUUUAACUACUUUUACUUAAGUUCUCUCAAUUGUGUUGUCAUAAAACGCGUACUUUGUAAUCUGAUUAGUUUAAGUUUUAAUAUAUUAUUUACUUAUUUUAGUACAUAUGUGUAAUACUCUCUAUGUAAGUGCCUUAAAAGAACAACCCACAAAUAUUUAUAAACAUAAAUCCAAUAUUCAAAACAGAUAAAAUAAAUUUCAUAUUUACUUUUUUUAUACAAAAA